AUGGCGACCACAAAGAGCGCGUUCCUGCACCGCUCCCUUAAAGAGUUUCCAGCGCAGGUCGUCGAAGCAAAGGACAAGACCCUGGUCUUUUCCGAUGGAACAAAGGUCCUGGACUCGACGUGCGGCGCGGCCGUCGCGUGCAUCGGCUACAACAACGACUUGUCGGAGCGGGUCAAGCAGGCCAUGAUCCGGCAGAUGGACAAGUUCCCCUACUGCAACUCCUUCUUUGGCCACGAGGUCGGCGAGCAGCUGGCGCAGGAGCUGAUGGACGGCACAGGAGGUGCCAUGUCCAAGGCGUACAUUGUGAACUCUGGCUCCGAAGCAAUGGAAGGAACCAUGAAGAUGGCCCGCCAGUACUUUCUAGAACUGCAGCCACCCCAGCCCAGCCGCAUCAACUUCAUUGCGCGCGAGGGUUCCUACCACGGCACCACGCUCGGCGCCCUGUCCAUGAGCGGCCACGUGGGCCGGCGCAGCAAGUUCCUCGACCUGCUGCUGCCCAACGUCGCCAGGGUAUCGCGGUGCGACGCGUACCGCGGCAUGAAGGAAGGGCAGUCGGUUGCCGAGUAUGUGGAGCAGCUCGCCGACGAGCUGGACAAGAAGUUCCAAGAGCUCGGGCCGGAGACGGUUUGUGCCUUUGUUGCCGAGCCGGUAGUCGGUGCGACUCUUGGUUGCGUGCCCGCCGUGCCGGGAUACUUUGAGGCAAUGAGGAAGGUGUGCGACAAGUACGGCGCCUUGCUUAUUUUGGACGAGGUCAUGUCUGGCAUGGGACGAAGCGGGACGCUGCACGCUUGGCAACAAGAGGGCGUCGUCCCAGAUAUCCAAACCAUCGGAAAGGGCCUCGGAGGCGGCUACGCGCCGGUCGCUGCCUUUAUGAUUAACCAUCGGGUGGCAGACACGCUGGAAAGUGGGACAGGGGAGUUCAUGCACGGUCAUACAUAUCAGGGUCAUGCCUUGGGGUGCGCAGCCGCCCUCGAGGUGCAGCGCAUCGUCAGGGAGGAAAACCUGAUUGACAAUGUCAAGCAGAGGGGAGUGCAGCUAGAGAAGCUCCUGCAGCAGCAUCUCGGCAAUCAUCCGAAUGUUGGAAACAUUAGGGGCAAAGGUCUCUUCUGGGGCAUUGAGUUUGUGGCGGACAAAGCAUCCAAGGAGCCGUUCCCUCGCUCUGUCGACUUGGCCAACAAAGUCAAUCGUGCCGGUGUCAAAGAGUUUGGUGUCAGUCUCUACCCGGGGACAGGGACAAAGGAUGGAGUAUUGGGUGAUCAUGUCAUACUUGCGCCGGCUUACAACUGCACGGCCGACGAGAUUGAGGAGAUUGUAAUCAAGACAAAGGAGACGGUGGCGCGAGUCUUACGAGUCAAAAAUGCUGAGACAGCUACAAGUGCUUGA